AUGUCGGGCAGCGGCGCCGCGGUGCUGCUGCUGCUGUGGGUGCUGCUGCUGGUGCUGCUCGGUGCCCCGGGGCUGGCCCAGCCGGCGGGGGAAGCUGCUUGCCGCCCGGUCCGAGCCUCCUUCCAAGCGCUGCAGCCCGGAGCCAAGUGGGUGCCCGAGAGCCCCGUGCCAGGGUCUGAUCUGCAAGUAUGUAUCCCAAAGGGCUCCACGUGCUGCUCGAGGAAGAUGGAGGAGAAGUACCAGGCAACAGCCCGUCUGAACAUGGAGCAGCUGCUGCAGUCUGCCAGCAUGGAGCUAAAGUUCCUCGUCAUCCAGAACGCUGCUGUCUUCCAAGAAGCCUUUGAGAUCGUCGUCCGGCACGCGAGGAACUUCACCAACAGCAUGUUUAGGACCCACUACAAGAGCAUGGGGCCCAGAGCUCUGAAGUUUGUUGGAGAACUUUUUACCGACGUCUCGCUGUACAUAUUGGGCUCUGACAUCAGUGUGAAUGACAUGAUAAAUGAAUUUUUUGACAGUUUGUUCCCUUUGGUUUACUCUCACUUGAUUAACCCCGGCUUCCCCGAUCCCUCCCUGGAAAUGACCGAAUGUCUGCGGGCAGCCAGGAGAGACCUCAAAGCCUUUGGGAACUACCCCAAGAUGAUGAUGACUCAGGUGUCCAAGUCUCUGCAGGCCACACGGGCCUUUCUGCAGGCACUCAACUUGGGGAUCGAGGUGAUCAACACCACUGACCACUUGAAGUUCAGCAAGGACUGCGGCCGGGCGCUGCUGAAGCUGUGGUACUGCUCACACUGCCAGGGCCUGCUCCUGGCCAAGCCCUGUGCCACCUCCUGCACCCUGGUGAUGCAGGGAUGCUUGGCGGGCGCCCUGGAGGUCGACCACCACUGGCGGGAGUACAUCGGGUCGCUGGAGGGGCUGACCAAGGGCAUGCACGGCAUCUAUGACAUGGAACACGUCCUCCUGAGCCUCUUCUCCCAGGUGCGGGAGGCCAUUGUCUACGUGCAGAAGAAUGAAGGGAAGCUCUCCACAGCCCUCAGCCGAUUAUGUGGCCACGCUCAGCAGAGGCAGUAUCGAUCAGCUCAUUACCCUGAAGACCUUUUUGUUGACAAGAAGCCCCUGCAGCUGACUCACGCUGAGCAAGAAGAAACUUUGGCAAGCAGGAGAAGGGAACUAAUUAUGAAGCUGAAGUCCCACAGCAGUUUUUACAGCAGCUUACCAGAGUACAUCUGCAACCACAGCUCUGCUGUUCAGAAUGACACUCUUUGCUGGAAUGGACAAGAAGUCGUGGAGAGGUACAGUCCCCAAAUCACAAGGAAUGGAGCAAAAGCUCAGCCUGGCAACCAUGAGCUGAAGAUGAAAGGUCCUGAGCCAGUGAUCAACCAGAUUAUUGACAAGCUGAAACACAUCAACCAGCUGCUCAAAGGGAUGGCUUUGCCCCACCGAAAAGCUCCAGGCAAAACCCCGGAGGAAGGGGAGGAGAGCGGAGACUGUGACGAUGAAGAUGAUUGUGGCAGAGGCUCUGGGGAUGGAGAGCUGCGCGUGAGGAACCAGCUGCGCUUCUUAGCAGAGCUGGCAUAUGACCUGGACAUGGACGAUGUCUCUGCAAACAAGCAGCUGCUGAAUCAGCAAAGCAAAGACAGCACCAGGGUCCCCAGCAGUGACCCCAGGAGCACAGCCCCCCACCCCAGCCCUGCUCCUGCUCUCACCCCGCUCCUGCUCCUGAUGCUGGGCCACUGGCCAUGAGCGGUGCCACUGGUGUCUCUCCAUGACUGUUUUUUGUAGUGAGGAAGACACUUGGAGCCUCUUCUGAAAUAUAUGCACAUUUCCAAAGACAGGGCAAAUGACUUGAGUCAGUUUUAUAAAAGAACAUGGUUAUCUUCACACAGAAAUGAACCUCUAAAAAAGCAUUUGUUCAUAGUAAACCAGUAAAUACAUGACAGUGCUUUUUAAAGAUAAUCCUGUUUAAUAUAAGAAGGUUCCUAUUAAAUUGUGUUCCCUGCAGUUUUUGAAGACUGAGGUCUCCCUUGAUGUUAAGUUGAAGACCACACUUCAUCUUGAGUUGUUUGAAUGUGCAUGGGUACAGAACACCUACAAUUUAUGAAAUACUUUCAGCAAAUAUCAGACCCUGAUCCUAGUUGACUUAAUACAGAUUUUAUCUGUAGUUCAAACAGUUUUUGUACUUACUCCAGAUUCAAGGCUCACCCCUAGGAAUCUGGCCAAGCACAUGAUGCGGAGAAGGUCAGACAUGGCAGGAGGAAAGAUGCUGUGGAAGAGGAACUGUCGUGCACCAGGAUGGUCAUGGAGAGCUGAUCCUGUGGGCAUGAAGCACACUUGUAUCGUGGCAAGUUGCAGCUGAUUUUGCAGCUCAUCUCCCCAUCAGGUCCUGCAGACCCCUUCAGUGCAGGCAGCUGGUCCCCUCCAGCACCCCCGUGGCCCACGCAGUGCCAUGGUUUUAUUCUUCAGGAGCAAAGCACCUCCUUUCCCACAGGAAAUGUGCAAACACAGCUCCAGCCAAAGGACAGACAGCGUGGAUGUACACGCCGUGCUUUACCAGGAUGAGUAACAGGCGUCCAGUGCUCUGUGCUACCAGGGAGGAAAAGAAAAGGAUUUGCAGGAGCCCGAGGCAGAUGAGACUCUUAAGUGUUUCUUUGCAUGUUACUUUACUUAAGUUAUCUCCAAAAUAAAGGUCAGAUGCUCUGUAAAUGCUGUGCUGGAA